GCGAUCUAGUCAGCGGUUGACCACGCCGAAGAACGCUUGUCAGACUUCAGAGACGAUUCGCUUCUAGCCACGCUCACGCCCAGUUAGCCUGCAUCAUGCCGAACUGCCCAAAGUGCGAAAAGCCGGUAUACUUCGCGGAACGAAAAACCUCCCUGGGAAAGGACUGGCACAGCGCAUGUCUGAGAUGCGAAAAGUGCAACAAGACUUUGACCCCCGGCAGCCACGCCGAGCAUGAGGGUAAACCGUACUGCAAUCAGCCUUGUUACGCCGCGUUAUUCGGCCCCGGAGGCUUUGGACGAGGCGGUGCUGAGAGUUAUGUUUACAAGAAGUAAACGCAUUUUACACUUGAGGGUGGUGGCGACCUACAUUCCAAGAGAAACGUUCCAACCACAAUAACGCCAGUAUAAUAACCGUAUAUGUUAACGACACAUAAAUACACCCUACAUUAUCUAUGUAAUAAGCAUAACGUACCUAAUUAUACAUCGCUGAUAUAAAGUACCUUCAACUAUAAGCGUAUAAAAUAACAAUUGUUUUGUAAUUACACAUGCAUAUAACGUUACAAUAGCUAUCGCACAAAGUUCAAGCGUAAUGCAUUUAUUGGAACAGAAUAAGAUUAGAAAAAAAAUCACAUGACAAAGUUCGCAUGUAAUGAUCGUUCGGACUAAUAAACAUAUCGUCAUGACUCGUAA